AUGGAAGUCUUUGUGGAUUUCCUGUUCCCGGACGAGUCGCGCUGCCAGGAAUGUUUCAGAGGCAGCAGGGGUAGGGGGACAUGGGCGGUGGGGGCGUUCAGGGCGCACUCCGACUUUGAAAAACAUCUCAGAAAAUACCAUCCAGAGCGCGGGAUGAAGUUCCGCUGCGGUGUGUGUGGCUUCAUCGGCGAGGGGGGGUAUCCCCUCAAGGCGCGCUGCGGCGUCUGCGGGUCGGACACGGGCGACGAGGACGACGACAACAACGACGGCGACGGCGGGCUCCAGCAGGGCAACCACCACCACACGCCCUGCCACCACCAGUGGGACGUCGAGGACGACGCGGCAGAACACCAGCCACCCACGGAGAAGCAACGAGACCGCCCACACAACACCUGUGGCGCCCGCCACGACGACCGGGUCUGGAGCGCGGUGCAGCAUCAGUCGGCUGCCGGCAAUAAGGAGGACCCCAGAGGCACCCCGUCUCUCCAACGACGGGGUGCGGAGGACCAGCGGGGGUCAACGCGGCUCUCCGGGGGCCCGACCUUCCAUCCACGAGGGCCCCCUGACGAGGAGGAGGAGAGCCGCCGGCGUGCCGGUCGAGCCGACCCCACCAUCUACCUCCACCAGGAGAGGCACCGUGUCCAUGCCACAGCGGACAUCCCCGGGACUAAGGGGGGCACAGCAUCUGCGCCCCGCCGCAACACCAUCACCAAACGCGGCGGGGCCCACCAUCAACAGAGGAGGCCCCCCCCCCGACCAACGAAACUCCCGGGGCGGAUGAGGACGGCGGCAACCACAUAUGCCGCCGUCACCGCGGGCGCCACCACCGCGACGAUGCAGCCAUCGUCCGGCGUGCCGGCUGCACGCAGAGGGCUGCGAUCGACCGCCAGGGCCACAUCACUUCCCCCUGGCGGUCCCACCGGAGGCAGCCUUCUACCGUGGGAGAUGCCGGCCCCGCCGGCCCACAACACCCGGAGCCGGAGAGCGGGGUCGGUAAGCGGACAGCCGAUCACGUCGGCGGUGGCUGCGACUCUAACUACGGCGACGACGACGACGACGAUGUGCGGGGGGCCGAUCACCACCCCACGGCCCCUCGCAGGGGGGAGGCUCACCACGACCACCUUUGGACCACCUGCCGCACUGCCACGUGCGGCAAGGACCCUCCCCUCCAUCGCGGAAGCUGAGUCGAGGGCGGUCUCACCAGCGAGGGAUCCGUGGAGCGUCGUCCCCCAGCGGACCCGCCGACGACAUCCCUGCGGGUCCGCCCCGGCGUCCACCGAGGAAAACCCGUCGUCUUCACCAGCCCCGUCCACAACAUCUUCUUCGGGGUCGUCGUCCGUGUUCGAGCCCCCAGGCGACGCAGCAAGUAGUGGUUCUGAUAACAAUAACAACAACAGAAAUAAUAAUAUUAACAAUACGCGACCGCCAGCGACUUUAAGGCGAGGCUCCCGUGUUCGCGCCCCGAGGGUGAAUGCGAUGCCAGGCACGCAUGCACGCGGAAACGAAAAUAACAGUAAUAACAAUAGUAACAAUAACAAUAACAAUUCUAAUUGCUCCGUUUCUAGGCAAAGGACGCCGGACACGUGCUCCACGGAUAUGGAGCCCCGGAGCCAAGGAAGAACGAGAGGAGGUGCUAUCCGGAGGAUCGGAGCACAACGGGCAGGAGGAGCCACAGGUGACGGGAGGCCCGCGACCUCUGGGCGCGGGUGUCCGCCUGCGGGGAGCCAACGACGGCCCAACCAACCCCGUCAGCCACCGGCUCCGGUGGGGCAGUCGCCGAGGCCGGCCGAUCGGUCCGCAAUGAUCCAUCACGCCGGUAACCGUGUCGACGAGGAAAGCGUGGUGCGUCAGCGGGAACAACUGAUCGGCUUGGCGGAGGCGGCUGUCAGUUGGGACGAUCUGGAGGAGCUGGCGGCGCGAGUCGCCACGUUCCUCCAAAUCACCGGAGCGAGAACGGGGGCUGCGGGGGAGGAGAGGGCAGCCGGUCGUGCGGGCGGCCGGCGCGGGGGGAGGGCUGGGGAAGCCACGCGCGGGGGGUCCGGGCGGGCGGGGAAUCGCGGGAGCCCCGGUGGGGAGCGCCGUGGGGCACUUCCAGCGGGGGGGACCGAGUGA